AUGACUUUGAAUGAUUCUCGCCUCCCAGGUCUUCGACUGGUUAUAUCUCCAUCUGUCAUACAUACAAAGGAAGCCGCCCCACGGUACACCUAUCGCUCAUAUGGGUAUGCGGGAGAUGUUUAUGACUCGAACAAGGAUGAAAAGGUGUGCAUCACUGCAGGUUUCUUCGGUCUAUCUCUCAGACCUGGAUUAAAGAAUUUUCACCUAGCUCGGACCACGCAAGUAAUGGCAUACCCGGGGAACACAUUGACUUUUGAUUCGAAUACAGGAACGUAUAUCGAGACAAACGUCAUGGGUGCUUUUCAACGUUAUCAAUGUGAUGUUAAUCAAUGCAUCGUUUCAGUUCUUCCUGGACCCUUCAGCAUAUGA